GAUGUUUUAUUUUGAAAGUUGAUACAGGAAAUCUUUGUUUUUCUCUGUCUGACUUGACUACCUUGGUUCUUUGAUUUCAGUGAUUUCUCCGUUGUUUCCGCUUCAAAGAGGAUGACGUUUUAAUUUGAAAGUCGUAAUCGGAAGUGUGUGCUUUUCCUCUGUGUGACUUGACUGUCCCGAUGCUCCUCAGAUUUCAGUGAUUUCUCUCUACAGCUGCAGUUUCUUCUGUUCUCACCGUGGCCGAUCGUCGCUGACACUCGUAUCGUGACAACAUUAACUGCGUUUUUCUUCUUCUUUUAUUCACGCGUGUCACCGCGUAGCAGAGCGAGCUAGCCGCUGCGUGUUUUAACGAUGCGCGUUAGCUUGUCACGGUUCUUCUUUCAUUCCGUUCGGCUAAUAACGCGAGCUCGCGCUCACCUGACCCGGGUUAGCUGGACUUGUUAAUAAAGGGAAACGGUGGCCGAGCCGUGACUCAGGUUUUAGUGACAGUGCGCCCCAGAGGUGUUUAACUUUUUAAAUUUAUUUUCUUUUAAUUAUUAUUAUUGUUAUUUAAACAAUGGAUUACGAACACGAAGCUAAGAUGGCGGUUGACUCGAUGCAGAGCUACAGGAGUGACGAGUCCGGCUGGAAAGUCUGCAAGAAGUCGAGUGACGUGGUCGUGUCCUGGCGUCCUUCAUCAGCAUAUCCAGGGAAUGUCUAUAAGGGGGACGGGAUCGUUAACGGCGGUCUACAGAAAGUGUGGGAGUGUUUGAAACCAAUAUCCAACGGCCUCCGAGUCAAAUGGGACAGCAACGUGAAGAGGUUUGAGCUUCUGGAGCAAAUCACAGAGGACAGGUCAAUCUGCCGGACUGUCACGCCCUCAGCCGCGAUGGGCAUCAUCGCUCCCCGAGACUUUGUGGAUGUUGUUGUUGUUAAACAAUGCGAAGACGGCUCCAUUUCAUCCAAUGCAACUAAUGUGAUCCACUCGAGCUGUCCUCCUCAGUCUGGUUACGUGAGAGGAUUCAACCAUCCGUGUGGCUGCAUCUGUGUCCCCAUCUCUGGAGAACCCAACAAAACCCAGGUGUUCGCGUUCUUCCAGACGGACCUGGGCGGCCUCCUCCCACGCUCCGUGGUCGACUCGUUCUUCCCGUCCAGCAUGACCGAGUUCUACGGCAACCUCGCCAAAGCUGUGAAAUCCCUCAAAGACUUUUGACACCAAGCGAUAAGAAGAGGACAUCUACCUUCAAAACAAGUGAUGUCCACAAACUGGUCGGUCCAAAUGUUCCUUCAUUCCAGUUUCAACCCACCUUCACAACAAACUUAGCCGUGUGUCAUGAACCUUCCAAAUCCACCAAAACAGUCAACACAAAAAAAAACCAACCUUGUUGUCAAAGCAGUUUAGCUGUGUCUGAAUAACGAGGGCUUCCAUUUGGCAACAACAUCCUCUUUACGUUCCUGUCGUCUUUCUGUGGCAUGGAUUUAUUUGUCCUAAAGAAUGGAUAUAGCUGUAAAAAUCUGUCUGACGGUGCAGUAAACAUGCAUGUUGCAUGGACCUUAUUUAACCUCUGCUGGUAUCAAAUACUGCCUCAUACCUCAUACACAGGUGUCUAUGUACUUGAAAAGUCACGUACUGUUUAAAGCGUUUGCCUCUAGAAUCAGCUGAAGUGCAGGUGAUCGGUGUGUCCUCAACUUUUUUAAACUUUUUAAAGAUAGCCACCCAAUGCAAACUGCCAUUUUGUGUAACACCAUAUAAUAUUUUAGAUAAGUCAACCAGCCGUUUCUGAGAGAUAUGUGUCGGAUAGAUUAAUUAAAACGCUUAUUUUAUGCAUGUUUUAUUUAAUAAAUGUUAAGUAAAAGGCUAGAAAAACUGGCACAAUUAUGUGGCGACCCCCAAAAAAGGCCACAGGUGUACGUGACCUUCACAUGUCGCGGUGCGUUUAUGUCAUGUUCUGUGUGCAGAAUAGAGCGAGAAAACAGAGCGUUAUAAUCAACAGAAAUCCUAAAUUCUGGUGCUAAACUGGUACUUUCCAAAACCACAAUAAUCAAUCAAGAAUAACAAUCAUAAAACAAUGCCUUUUUAUUAAUUUCUAAGGUAAAUGUGAACUAAUAUGUAACUAUAUUUACAUAACAAAAUAAAACCUAACUGAGUUAAAUCAAAUAAAUUUGUGAAUUUUGAAUAUGACGACGUUUGCGUCAGAUCUGUUUCGAUGUGUUUGAGAAGAACACACGUUCACUUUAAUUCGUAUUCCGGAGGAUUGAAACUUGUCUCUGGUUGUUGUCUUCCACACGCAGCUCCUCUCCAUCGCCACUAGGUGGUAGCACCGUAGCCAAAAACCUCUGAGCUGGUGGACAGACAGCGGGACACGGUUCACAAACCUGCAGGAUUCAGGGGGAAACAUCAUUAUUCUCGUCAUCGGUCGAUCUAUCGCUCGUUUUCUCAGUUAAUCGAGUGCAUGUUUGGUCAGAAUAUGUUGAUCAGUGUUUACCACACCUGGAGAUGAAUCAGUUUGAAAGAUUUCUUUGUUCUAUGGAGCAAAGAAACUAGAAAGUAUUCACAUUUAAGAAGCUGAAAAAUCAGAGAAACUCGAUUAGUCCUUGCAGCCCUCGCUCAGACACCAACAUUUGCGUUGUAAAAUAGAUAACGAUCAUGUAGAAGUUUAGGUGCCUAACUCAAAGAGAUCCUCUGUUUGGAUCAGUACGACAUUUUCAAAUUGAAUUAAGAUUCCGUUUGAUUCAAUUUGUUUGCACCAAAUCACGUUUCAUAAUCUCAAGGCACUUUACUACACAA